AUGAUAGUGAAAGAAGUUAAAGCAGAAUCUCCUGAUGAGAAAAAACAUGGCGGUGCUGACAAUGGAUUUAACGACCAUUUAGCUAUUGUCUUUGAUUAUCCAUCAGAAUUUCUUACUUCGAUCAGUGGUUCUUCUAAAAAAGUGGGCAAUGGCAAACCAGUUUUAACAUCUAUAAAAUUUGGAACUAACAAGGAUUCCUAUGGACCAUUUGGGACCCCGAAAAUUACAACUGAGCCCAAUAAUAUUGCAGAUUUCGAUUUUCAGAUAGGAAAUCAUCGUCUUUUCGGUGGUUUUCAUGGCACUGAGAAUUACCGUCGUGUUCAGAGUAUUGGGGUCUAUCUGAAGACACAAGUCAAUGACCAAUUACAAUGA